AUGAAUGAUAAUAACUUGGGUUUGGUGGAUGUGAAUGAUGAAACCAAGAAGAAGGAGGUCACUCAAGAGUACCUGGACUUUGUGGACGACAAGGUGAGCCGUCUGAUGCGAGAAAGACGUGUCUUCGUUAUACUAUAAGCCUUACUGAAAUUGUUUUAGGAUUCCGCGAACAUUUAUGCUCAAAAAACAGAAGAGCUGCUCCGGUCUCAGAGCAAAAGACUAAUUGUUAAUUUGAACGACAUUAGAGAGAAACUCCCUGAUCGGCUGGAAGGGUAAGUUGAGUUUUUCAUGUCGUAUUACUUUUUAGACUCAUCAACAAUUUUGCUUUUGAAAUCCAAUGUUUGGAAGACGCUGUUCGUCAAUUUAUUCGGGCAAACUUGGAGGAGCUCAAGCAAGAUGAUGUGCAUGUUGGGUUUGAGGGCUCGUUUGGUGAUCGCCAUGUCAACCCCAGGUCUUUGAAGUCAGAUUUCCUUGGAAAUCUUGUAUGUUGCGAAGGGAUUGUUACCAGAUGUAUGUUGAUUUUGUUGUUAUGUGGAUGGGGUCGAGUUGGGUAAUGCUAUUAUUGUUUUAGGCUCCAACGUGAAACCCAAAAUAGUCAAAAGUGUUCAUUUCUGUCCGGCGACUAACAAAUCUUUGACAAAAACUUACACGGAUCUAACUUCAUAUAACAGUAUGCCCACAAGUAAUGUCUAUCCAAAGGAAGAUGAGAACAAGAAUCCUUUGGAGACUGAGUUUGGACUCUCCGUGUUCAAGGAUCAUCAAGUCUUUGCAAUUCAGGUAUGUUUUCGUUUGAGUGAAUUAUCUCUUAGGAAUUACCGGAGAAUGCUCCUCCCGGCCAACUUCCUCGGUCUGUUGAUGUUAUCGCUGAUGGAGAUCUGGCUGAUGCCUGCAAACCUGGAGAUCGUGUGCGAGUUGUCGGUCUUUUCCGAGUUCUCCCCAACAAACAACAAGGUGUCUCCACUGGAAACUUUCGAACCAUCUUGAUCGCCAAUAACGUGCUGUUGCUGAGUAAAGAAUCGACUCCCAAAUUUGAUCAACAGGAUGUGAAGAACAUCUCUCGUCUCUCCAAACGCCGUGAUAUUGUGGAUCUUCUGGCCCGAUCCCUGGCGCCUUCGAUUUAUGGCCAUGAAGAAGUAAAGAAGGCUGUCCUUUGUCUUCUUUUGGGUGGAUGUGAGAAAAUUUUGGAGAAUGGCUCCCGACUUCGAGGUGAUAUCAAUGUUCUCCUGAUCGGGGAUCCAUCUGUUGCCAAGUCUCAGCUCCUCCGGUAUGUUCUUCACACGGCUCCCAGAGCUAUUGCCACCACUGGGCGAGGAAGUUCGGGUGUUGGUUUGACUGCGGCCGUUACCACGGACCCGGAUACUGGAGAUCGACGACUCGAAGCAGGUGCGAUGGUGCUGGCUGACAGAGGAAUCGUUUGUAUUGAUGAGUUUGAUAAGGUAAGUAGUAAUUUUUACUCCAAUUCUUCAUCUUUAGAUGACCGACAUAGACCGAACUGCCAUCCACGAAGUCAUGGAACAGGGCCGAGUGUCCAUCUCGAAGGCAGGUAUUCACGCCAAACUGAAUGCCCGUUGCUCGGUUCUAGCGGCCGCCAAUCCUGUGUAUGGCCGUUACGAUCUCUUCAAGUCCCCCAUGGCUAAUAUUGGAAUGCAAGACUCGCUUUUAUCUCGUUUCGACUUGAUCUUUGUGAUGUUGGAUGAACACGACAUAGAAAAGGAUACUCGAGUGGCGUCGAAUGUCCUCAAAUUACAUCGCUACAGAGCUCCAGGAGAGCCUGACGGAGCCGUCUUAUCCAUUCAACAGGCCGCCGAAUCGUUGACAACCUUCGAACCUGAAGCUGAGGAUCAUACAGUUGAUAUCUACGAGAAGAACAGAGGAUGGACAGCUGUGAACGAAGUGUAAGUAUUUCGUUGCUUAUUUUAUCUUGAUUUAGGGAUAAGAUCUUGACUACUUCAUUCUUGAGGAAGUAUAUCCACAUGGCCAAGAGUAUCAAGCCCCAGCUGACAGAGCAGGCUUCUUCUUACAUCUCUGAAUGCUAUACUGAACUGAGAUCGUAUGAAAACGAAGGCGAAGAUAGAGUAAGAUCGGGAUUUUUCUGUUGAACUGAUAUGGUUUGCUGUUAUUACUGAAUUUUUCUCUAGACAAUGCCCAUCACAGCUCGUCAACUGGAAACUAUGAUCCGUCUUUCCAUCGCCUUGACCAAAGCUCGUCUCGGAACUAAAGUCGAGAAGUCAGAUGCUGAAAAGGCGUUCAAUCUGUUACACUUUGCGAUGUUCAAGAAGAAGCCAAAAGAAAGAAUGGAUAAGAAGAAGCAUAAUGUGAGGGAGGAGGACGACGAGGAGAUGGAUGUUGAAGAAGAACCAGCACCCAGAGCAACGAGAAGAAGAAGGGCUGCUGAUGAUGAGGGAGAACAAGAGGAUCAGUCUCAAGCGCAGGAAGAACCAGUCACCAAGAGGUCCAAAAAUGAUGAUGGAAUUGGGGUUGAUAGGUAAGGGCUUAAUAUGUUUUUAUUGUGUGGUUGAUAUCUGAUUACAACGUGUGUAAUAUCAAAUUUUCAGGUAUAACCGCUUCAAGCAAUGCCUGCGUGUUGCCUUCGACGAGACCGAAAGCCCUGAGGGCAUGCACCCUGUAGCCACAAUAGUCGAACUCAUCCAGAGACAGAUGGGCCAAUUCCCAUUCACCGAAGCCGAAGUCAAAGCUGCGUUCGAUCUUCUGGAAGCUGAUAAUGUCUGCAUGAUCUCAGAUGAGCAAGUUGUAUUGGUUUAA